GGGUUUCCCUCAUCAUUUCAUCUCAUCUCAUCUCUCUACUAUCUCACUCCCUUCUCUCAAGCUUUUUUUUUUACAGUCUCACACAACAAGAACACAACUACAAGUCGUUUCCUAAUUUUUUAAUUCUCGUUUUUUGUCUUCAUUAGUUUAAAAAGUGGAGCGCUGAGCCAUAUAUAUAAAAACAAAGGCACGCCAAAAUAAAUCCAGAGCACAGCACCAUCGGCCACCCCAGAAAACACAACGGCAGAAUAAAGAAUCCGCGACAGCAGUGGCAGAAGGUACACGCAAAACUGUCCUUCCACAUACAUUCCGUAUUAUAUGUCAUCACCACCACCAACUUUUUUUAUUUUCAUUUUCACCCUUUUUUUCUCCUCCUUUUUUUGCCGCCGCCCAUGAAGUUCCAUUUCUCCUACUCCGCCGCCAUUUCUCAUAUUUCCGUCCCGGUUUUCUCAUCCAAACCCCACUCCAGUCCCCGGAGGAGACUUCCACCGCCGCCGCGGUGGGUUCGGAUGGAAUCCUCAUCUUCUUCCUCCUCCGCCGCCGCCCAGAAAGACGGGAAGAUCGUCGUAAUAAUGGGGGCAACCGGGUGUGGUAAAACGAAGCUCUCCAUUGAUUUAGCGACCAAGUUUCAAUCUGAAAUCAUCAACUCUGAUAAAAUGCAAGUCUAUAACGGCCUCGACAUCACCACCAACAAAAUCACUCUUCAAGAACGGCACGGCGUCACCCAUCAUUUACUCGGCGAUAUUGACCCGGUUGGUCACGAGUUUUCCCCGGCAGAUUUUCGGUUCCACGCCGGUUUAGCCGUCUCUGAUAUUCUAUCACGUCACAAGCUGCCGCUUUUAGUUGGUGGGUCCAAUUCUUUUAUUCAUUCUCUCCUAGUUGACCGAUUUAACCCCGAGUUAGACGUAUUUGACUCGACCAACUCAGUCAUUUCAACUCAGUUAAGGUACAACUGUCGUAUUCUCUGGGUGGAUGUCUCAUUGCCGUUGCUAUGUGAGUAUUUAUGCAAACGGGUCGACGAAAUGCUCGACUCGGGCAUGUUCGAGGAGCUACUAGAGUAUUACGAUUCGGUUAACCCGGCGAGUCAACCGGGUUUAAGGAAGGCGAUCGGGGUGCCGGAGUUUGAGAGAUAUUUUAAAAAGUAUCCACCUGGGUAUGGAGGAGAGUGGGAUAAAGUACGGAGAGGUGUAUACGAGGAAGCAGUGAGAAUGAUAAAGGAUAACACGUGUCAGUUAGCCAAGAGGCAAAUGGGGAAGAUUAUGAGAUUAAAAAAUGCGGGAUGGGACCUACAGAGAGUGGACGCAACGGCGGCGUUUAGAGAAGUGAUGAGGAAUGAAUCAGACGAUGAGGAGGACGGUGAUGACAUUAAAAGAAAUAGUAAAAAUAAUAAUUAUUAUUAUUAUAAUAAUAAUAACAAUUGUUAUUAUUAUAAUGAAAAUAAUAAUAAUAAUAAUGUUAUUGUUAUUAAAAAGAAAAAAAAGAGAAGGAAGAGAAAAAAAUGGAUGGAAAUAUGGGAGAGAGAUGUUUUGAAGCCGAGCAUGAAGAUUGUGAAUAACUUCUUGGAUGAGUAGGUUUAUUUUACAGCUUUUUCCAGCUAUCAAAAUUUUUUUAAUUUUUUUUUGUUUUUAGGAAAAAAAAUUAGAUAGGUUUAGAUUGGAUAUAUUGGGUAGAAGAAAAUGGAGAACCAGUUUUGCAGCAUUAGGUUUUUUUUUUUAAUUUAUUAUUGUUAUUGCCGUAUUUGACCUUGUUGAUGAGUUUAGUUUUAAGGGAAACUAAAAAAAACAUAUAGAAGGAAGAGGAUUUUUUUUGUCAUUUUUUGUGGAUAUAUUACAUAAUAAUACAUUUCUAUUAUUAGUCUGUAUUUUCGAAUUUUUUUAUUU